CACAAGUUUCAACAUGGCCGCUUUAGUUGCUUUUAGUAUCGUAGAUUCCUUUUGCCUAUUAUGUAUUUUUUAAACAGGCCAAACUUAUUUUCUAAAAUAGUGAUUGAAGCAUAGUGUACUACGUGGAAAUUGCAAUAAAAAAUAAUCACUCUUAACAGUAUAUUCUUGUCGGUGUAAAAAAAAAGUUAGUGAACUCGGGGUGGUAGGCAUUUUCUCACAUAAAACAGCUCAAUACAUACUUGUAUACAGUUCUCGUUCCUUUUAUUGGAACAUGGUUUUCUAUUGCACACGACGAGCAAGCGUAAACUGUUCUCAAAGAAAAAAAACCCAGUUCGAUUAAUUAAAGCUUUUCAAGUAAACACAAAUAAUUGAACACUCUCUCAAUCUCACUCUUGUUGAUGAUUGAUUUCAUUAUUAAAAAAAGGCCAAUAUUUAAAUCAUUCAAAUAUUGUCAAGUAUUACUAGAAGCAUCCUUGAAAAUUCUCAACACUCAAGAAUAUUGACAAUCAAGAAUUGAUUCGCAAAAAUUAUUCUUCUGUGGAAGCAUUUUUUUGAGGGUGAUUAAAAUAAUUGGAUUAAUAAUGGCGGAAACACAGAGACAAACAAUUUAUGGUCGACAUCCACCUUGUGCGAAGAGUGCAAGAUUGGAGGAUCGUCGAGCUCGAAGACAAGCUUUAAGAAUGGAGAGGAAUCGAAAGCCUGAUAAGCCGGAGGAUUUUGUCUGUUAUGAGACAAGUGAUGACGAAGAGGAAACAGUGACGGAGGGAAAACAAUUUUUACGAACUUCCUUUAACUUCGUCGAUUAUGUACGUUCACGUGAAACAAAUACACGAGAAGUUCGAAGGGUUAAUCAUGAAUACGGUUCGCGUCAUAUGCUUACUCAUGAUUUGUUUAAAGAAUCUUCGGUUAAUUUAAAUAAUAUGAAUAAAGUAUUUUCCUCGCAAUGGCUGAGCGAUAGGCAAGUUGUCUUUGGAACUAAGUGCAACAAAUUAAUGGUGUACGAUGUGGCGACACAAAAAUUGGACCAAAUACCAUCUCUACACGGAAGACAAAGUAUGACUGGAACAAAUGCAAUUUCAGAGCAACAAUGUGGUAUUCAUUCGGUGCAAAUUAAUCCCUCUAGAACUUUGCUGGCAACUGGUGCAAGAAAUAGCAAUGAAAUUGCAAUUUAUCGAUUGCCUACACUAGAUCCCGUGUGCGUUGGAGAAGGUGGUCAUAGGGAUUGGUUGUUUGAUUUGUGUUGGAUGGAUGAUGAAUUUUUGAUUUCCGGUUCGAAAGACUCAAAAAUGGCUCUAUGGCGGGUCCUUAGCGAAUGGGUCGAUGCUCCGGAGAAGGCUGAUAUUCCAUCUCACAGAUUAAUUCAACCAGUUUGCGUGAAGGAGUGUCGAGGAGCACAAAAAGUGCGUGCGCUAGCGUUCAAUAAAGCUUACGGUGAAAUUGCAGCGCUUUCUCUAAAUAGUUUCAUUCACAUUUGGGAGGCCGAGACAUUUAAACAAAAAAUUUCUCGUAAAUUGCCGGCGUGUCAAGAAAAUGUUUGUAUGGCCGUUCAAGAGAAGGGUGUCUAUGCCAUUGGCUGCCGAUCUCAUACACUACUUUUGGACGCUAGAACUUUACAAUCGAUUAAAAAAAUACCAUCCCGGUAUAAUGGUUGUAGUAUAAGGUCCGUAAGUUUUCAAGGAACAGUGCUUACAAUAGGCACUGGAUUAGGAAUGUUAAUGUUUUUUGAUAUUAGAGCUCAAAAGUACCUAGAAUCUUCAAUUAAUUCAAAUCGUACGGCCGUUUUGAAAGCAUCGAAAGGAUAUGUGUUUCCGGAUGAAGAGUACAUUGAUGGUUUUCAAAAUGUGAAAUAUACGCCAGCGAUUUAUACUCACUGUUACGAUCAAUCGGGCACGCGCCUCUUUACAGCAGGCGGUCCUUUACCACCGAAUCUUUACGGUAAUUAUGCAGGACUUUGGCAAUAAGAAUGCAGGUCUUUAUGGGAAUUUUAGACUGAAUGUGUCGUUUUACUUAUAUUAUAAAAAUUCUAAUAAUACGUAAAAGGACACGAAGGAUAUGCAAAAAAAAAAACAUUAAACAUAUAGGCUAAAUCAUUAAUUGAGAAAAUACUGAAAUUUUCCCAAAAGAAAAUCGUUUUGGGAAUUUUUAUAACACAGUUUUUCUUUCAAUAUUAGUUUGAAAUACUUUUUACAAAAGUGAUUAUUAAUAUUAUGAUUGUAAAUAGCCAGGAAUUACGAUUGAAAAAUACGAUAUAUUUUUCUGUAGGCUGACAACUCGCUUAAAAUUUUUAUGGCUUUUUAAUUCACACACACACAACAUUUUACAAUCUUUACUUAAAGUAAAAAAAAGAAAAAAAAAACACAAAAAACAAACAAAUAUUCACAUUUCUUUUGUGAAAUAAGUUUUUACAGUGUGUCACAUGAGAAUUAAGAACUAGACAUUUUUAGAGUUCGUUUCGUGUGUAAGUUUUUUGAAUGCUUUAAAUUUACGAAUAGUUAGUUAAAAUAAUUGAAAAAAAUACAAUAUCAUCACAACUGGCAAUUUUCGAGAGACGAAAAUUUUAGAUAAAAUGUAGGAAUUAUUUUUUUUUUGUUAGUAACAUGCGUUCAUGUUUAACAGAAAAGUCCUUGUCAAAUGUGAACAGAAAUUUUAGGAUUCAAAAAAAAGCUCUAAAAACAAAUUUUGCAAUAAGAGCUGAGUUGUGUCUUAACAAGUGACUGGCCUCGAAAUAUUUUACAGUUAUUUGUAAACAACAUUAUAUUACAUUUAUAUCAAGAUCGCAUGUUGGGGAAAAUGGGGGGGAAUUGAUUUAAAUAGCACAAGGAAGGCGAUAAAAAUUCCAGAGAUUUUAUUUUAACAUCAAAAAUGCAAAUAGCCAAAAAGAAAUUUCUCUUUUUAGUAAAAAUUUUUAAUUUUUAGACAAAAAAACUAACUUAUUUUAGUCAAUUAAAACUAUAAUAAUAUUUAUGAGAAUUGCAUGAAUAUUAUACAAUAAAGUAAAAGAGAAAUAAGUUAAGCUGGUUAUUUGCUUAUUUUUUAAAUUUUACAUAAAAUGAAAAUUUCUAAAGUUUUCUAUCGUCCUGCAGAAUAUGACUAAGAGGGGUUUUUUUUAUCAUAAUCGUCUUUAAUUUAUGGCUUCAUUAAAGACAAACAAUGUCAUUUUAAUUCAGGAAAUUAAAGGACUAAAGAAUUUAAGAAACUAAAAAACUAAUGAAUUAAAAAAAUUAAAGAAUUAAAGAAAAUUAAUUUCUAGAAAUGAAUUUUUAAAUCAAAAUUUUAAAAAUUAAUAACUGAACUUAAAGUUUAUUUUGGAAAUUUUAAGUAUUAAAAUUGUCACAAUGACCUUUAAUUAAGGACGAAUAUGAAACAAAAUACCUAAAUUCUUAAUAUAAAUUAGGAAAAAAAAAUACUAAUUUCCAAAAAAAAAAACAAAAAAGUGCGAAUGAAUGAAACAUGAACAAC